GAAUGGUAGCGUGUAGAUUGGUGCGGUGUGGAGUUUUGGUACUACAUAGCAUGUAGAUGCUUCAUGUAUGUGUAGUCUGUAUUCAUACGGCGUACGGAGCAUGGCACUCGCCCUAUGGGCUAGCCAUCCACCAUCUACUGUGUAAUUGUAUGUGGUAUGGACGGAAAGAAACUUGGCAAUGCUCAGGCCAUACGAAGUACAGCUGCUUACCGAGGGAUGCCAUCCCAUCGUACACCGGACGCCCUGGAACCUGGUAUCGCAUCGUAGACCGGGUUAGCAGAGCGGUAGGCGGGCAGACCAGGACAGACCAGGACAGACCAGGACAGACCAGGACAGACCAGGACAGACCAGGACAGACCAGGACAAAGCAGGACAAAGCAGAACAAAGUAGGACGAAGCAGAACAAAGUAAGAUGAAGCUGGACAAAACUGGACAAAACUGGACGAAGCAGAACGAAGCAGAACGAAGCAGAACGAAGCAGGACAAAGCUGGACAAAGCAGGACGACGCUGGACAAAGCUGGACAAAGCAGGACAGAGACAGGGAUCACGGCUGGACAAGAUAGAAGACGACGAGACGGUGACGAAGCUGGAAGCCUAGAUAGCACCCUUUUCCUUCCCUUCCUUCCCUUCCUUCCCUUCCUUUCCUGAAUGAUACUCCGUAGCCAGGUAAAAAAAAAUUCAGCCUGGCCUUAUCGGACCAUGUUGUAGAGGUUGCAAGGGUGUGAUGCCAUUAUGGAAGAUAAAAGUGGAUAACAUGGUUAGCUGGGGUCUGGGCAUUGGCCGUUUGGCGUUUUUCUUUUCCUCUGGUAGGGAGAUUGAGGCUUGAGAGAGAAGCAAGAGAGCGUGUAUGUUGUGCAAUGGGUGUAUUUGUGCGUGCCGCGUGCGCCUGUGUGUAUGUGUGUG